AUGGUGACCUCCUUGAAGCUCUGGCCAAUGAUGGUAGCUGUCACAAUCUGCGUCUUAAUAUGUCUAGGAACGAUAGUAGAGGGAUAUCCACCCAAACCAGAAAACCCCGGAGAAGAUGCUUCACCAGAAGAAAUGACCAAAUAUUUGACAGCCCUGCGGCAUUACAUUAACCUGGUGACACGGCAGAGGUAUGGAAAGAGGGACAGUCCCGCUGACAACCUGCUUUCUGAUCUUCUGUAUGGUGACAACGGAAACUACAACAGCAGAUCACGGUAG